AUGCCAGAGAUCACCAAGGAAUUGGAUCAAGGAGGAGGCCCACCAGCGAAGAAGGCCAAAAGCAAGAAGCCAGAGGUGCCAGAGAUUCCCCAAGAGGCGGAGACGCCUGAGGCCAGCGCCACGUCGAAAGUCAAGUGGAAACACGAGCUCCGCAAAAUCCUGAAAGGCCGUGACCUGAAGGAGAUAAGCCUGCGGAAAGUUCGCGGCGAGUUGGAGGCAGUGCUGUCACUCCCUGCAGAUGGUCUGCUAGAACGCAAGGACGAGGUGAAAGAGAUUGUCACAGAAAUAAUACAGAGCGGGGACGCCGGCCCGUGA